AGCAAGACCGGGAAGCUCGAUCUCCUCGUGUCGAUGAUAAAAAAGACGCUCGCGCUUUCGAGCAGCUUCGCCAUCGCCAAUAUCUACCCUUCCGUCAAACUGUUCCGCCGGUUAAGUAGAUUGAUGAAACCCGAUGUCGAGAAGCUGCACAAGGUGUUGGACGAGAUAUUAGAUGAGAUCAUCGACGAGCACAGGAUGACGGAUAGCCGUGGAAGCGAACGGAGGGAGGAUUUGGUCGACGUUCUCUUGAAGCACAACGAGCCCGGAAAUGUCAACUUUCUCACCAUCGAAAACGUUAAAGCCGUGAUCACAGAUAUGCUUUUUGGCGGGAUAGACACAUCCGCAUUGGCGGCGGAUUGGUCGAUGGCGGAGAUGAUGCGAUACCCGGAAGUCCUCAAAGAAGCUCAAGACGAGGUGCGCCGUGUUUUCAAGGACAAGGAUGGCAUCGACGAGGCCGGCUUCGAUCAGCUCGACUACCUGAAAAUGGUCAUCAAGGAGGCUCUAAGGAUGCACCCGCCGCUGCCGUUGAUGCUCCCCCGAGCAAACUCUGAGGCAUGUGAGAUUAACGGCUACAAGGUACUGGCGAACGGAUGGGGGAUAGUGAAUGCAUGGGCCAUCGGGAGAGAUCCUAAAAUUUGGGAAGAUCCCGACCCUUUUAAACCGGAGAGGUUUCGCGACAAUGCGGUCGAUUACAAGGGGCUUAAUUUUGAGUACAUCCCUUUCGGCGCUGGCCGGAGGAUCUGUCCGGGAAUAUCGAUGAGCUUUGCGCUCGUCAUGCGCUUGCUGGCUACGCUUUUGUAUCACUUCGAUUUUGCAUUGUCUCGGGAAUAUCGAUGA